UGAUUCACCAAAAUGAUUGAAUAUCAAUGAUCGUCUCAUAAACUAAAUAAAUUUUAGCGUUUUAUGUGAUUCUCUAGCUUUGUAUCUUAUUUUUUCAUUUGAUUUAACAAAAAUAAUCCAAAUAUGUAUGUUGAUACAGCAGAAAAUCUUAAUUUCAAUUGACAAGUAAUGUGCAUUUCUCAAUAAGCGGCCAUUUUCAGUGUUGUCUGUUGUUUAUGGUUUUGUGGAUGGUGGAAGGAGAUGGGAGGAUAGAUAAAGGUUCCUUCUUUGUCAAUGAUGUGAGACAGUAGCUGUGAGAGAAGGAAUCAUCAACAUGAAUUCCGACCAGCAACAGUCACAGCAGCAGCAGCCUAUGGCUUCCAACAAUCUUCCAGCACACUCUCAGGCUGAGGUGAUGGUGAGAGACAGUGAGCAGUCGGCUGCAGUGAAUGCAGUGACACUGUCCAACGUGGCCAAGUACUGGGUGCUCACACAGACGCUGUUUCCCGGUCACGUGCCCCAGGUGUCAGUAUAUGGCCUGCACACGCCCCGUCUGGAGAGUGUCAAAGAUCCACUGUCGUCAGUGUGCGUGGCCGGCGAUACUGUAACCCUGGUCCAACACCAGUCUCAGCUACCAGUGAACACUAUCACAGUACCAGUGAGCAGUUCGGCACUGCCCGCCCUGACCCCCGCCCCGCACAUUGUUGCCGUGCCCCCUGCGCUCACCUCCUCCAAGGAGGCAGACAAGCCCCCCGGCCAGCAGUGCAGCACUGCGCCCACUCAUCAACAGGUGCAUUGCCAGGUGCAAUGCGACAUGCCAAUACUGCAGCAACAGCUGACGUCAUCAACUAAUACCCCAACCACCACGACACAGUCGCACGCGCAAGCACAGGCGCCCACACCCACACAUCACACCACACAGCUGCCUAUCACCUUCACGCCCCAGCAACGCCAACAGUUGCAUGAACAGGUGGCUUUUGACGGAGGGGAUUACCAUGUGACUCACAACCGCUCCCAACCAGAUAUGUUCACGGUUUUGCACCAUCACACUCUGGCACAACAACACCAGGACCCGGGGCAGCAACAACAGCAGCAGCAGCAACAACAACAACAACAGAGACCCAACUCGGAUGCUGGAGGUCAACAACAACAACAACAGCAGCAGCAGCAACAACAACUGCAACUGGUUGUUGCUGCCAGUGAUGUAGUCAACGGAUGCAAAAUGGAGACCAAAGAUAUCCGACCGCCGCUCGUCAAUAUGUCUGCGUUUCCGGGGCAAGAUCCGUUGAAAAUUCAACAGCAGCAUAUGCAGCCUGCCACACAUUCGACGAUUGAUUUCCGAGCGAUUGACGGCGGCUCAAUAUUGAAAGUUAACGGUGAAACCGACCACAAAACUAUACUUGGAGCAACAGAACUCUCUCAGAAUAUGUUCAAGGUGAACGUAGAAGAACUUCUGGCCUACCACGAGGUGUUUGGCAAGCUGCAGGGUGGCACCACAAGUGGCGGUCACAGUGGCAUACCACUGACGACCACUGCAACCACCACCACAACCACGGCUUCCACGUCGACCAACAAGGUUGAGGAGGGUGGUGGGGCAGGGGUAGGCAACCCCUCCUCUCCAUCAGCUUCCCCCUCUCCGUCGGCGCACACAUCGCACAUCUGCGAUCUGUGCGGAAAGAAUUUCCAGUAUCGUUACCAGAUGAUUGUGCAUCGCAGAUAUCACAGCGAAAAGAAGCCGGUAUUUGGCAACGUUAACGGUGAUGCGCAACCAAAGAUAAAUCCCAACAAACCUCAUGGCUGUACCAUUUGCAGCAAAUCGUUCGGAAGGAAAGAGCAUCUGGAUAACCAUCUUCGGUGUCAUUCUGGGGAUACGCCCUACAAGUGCCAGUUUUGUGGUAAGAACUUUACGAGCUGUGACUUCUGUUCAAAGACUUUCACACGUAAGGAGCAUCUGUUGAAUCAUGUGAGGCAACACACCAACGAAUCCCCGCAUCGUUGUAGCUACUGCACGAAAACCUUCACCAGGAAGGAACACCUAGUAAACCAUGUGAGGCAGCACACGGGUGAAACACCGUUUCACUGUCAGUAUUGUCCGAAAGCUUUCACCAGGAAAGAUCAUCUUGUGAAUCACGUAAGGCAGCAUACGGGUGAAUCCCCGCACAAGUGUAUGUAUUGUACGAAAAGUUUUACACGUAAGGAACACCUCACAAAUCAUGUGAGACAACAUACGGGGGAAUCGCCUCAUCGGUGUACGUUCUGCACUAAAUGUUUCACACGUAAGGAACAUCUAAACAAUCAUAUGCGGAUACAUACUGGGGAGUCACCCUACAAGUGUGAGUUCUGUUCUAAAGCGUUCACAAGGAAGGAACAGUUGAAUAAUCAUGUGAAGCAGCACGCGAUGGAGACAGAGUUCAACUGUACGGUGUGUUCUAAACCGUUUUUGAAGAAGGAGACGCUGGUGAACCAUAUGAGGAGUCACACCGGGGAGAGACCGUUUAGUUGCACCGAGUGUGGCAAAUCGUUUCAGUUGAAGGGUAACCUUCUGUUUCAUCAGCGGUCCCACCAGAAGAACGAGCCCGCCGAACGGCCGUUCCGUUGUGACCUUUGUCCCAAGGACUUCACCUGUAAAGGUCAUUUGGCGUCACAUCGGCGCAGUCAUAUGGCGGAGCACAAGACUUGUCCGCACUGUGACAAAGUGUUCAACGAGCGGGCCGGUCUCAUGAAGCAUCUCAAGAAGUAUCACAGUGAGGCGAUGUUGUCUCUCAAGUGUCAUCCCCCUCAUCCUCCGCCUCCGACUAUGGUGCAUCUCCCACCCCCGCCCCCUCUACAUCCGGCUGUCGUGGUGCCUACUCAGAGUAGUGUACUAGCCACUUACUAAUAGAUCAUUACAAUUUUAACUUUAUUCUUCAUAGUCUGAGAUUGUUUUGGCACCUGAUAAAUUGAUUUGAAACUAAAUUUAUUCGGUGUCUCUGGAAAUAGUAGUGGAUAAAAAAUAUAGUUCAUUCUAAACUCUAUUCUAUAAAAUUGCAGAUUGUUUUUGCACUGAGAAAUUGAUUUGAAACUAAAUUUAUUCGGUGGCUCUGGAAAUAGUAGUAGAUGAUUAUAGUUAAUUACAAUUCUAAACUUUAUUCUUUAAAUCGCAGAUUGUUUUGGCACUUGAUAAAUUAGUUUGAAACUAUAUUUAUUUGUUGGCACUGGAUAUAGUAGUAGAUAACUAUAGUUAAUUCUUAACUUUAUUCGUUAUAAUUAGAUUGUUUUGGCAACUGAGAAAUUGUUUUGAAACUAUUUUAUUCGGUUGCUUUGGAUAUAUUUAACAAAAAAUUGGAUGUUCAGUCUUUGGAGACUGAUUGCAUUCCUGAAUG